AUGGUCGAGCAGUCGGAUCGCGCUCCACUGCUCAACUGGGAGGAGAUUCAACCAACCGAACUGACCCAAGCGGUUCCCGCACCAGCAAAAGAAAAUGGAUCGGAAUCAAAUCCGCCAGACGGCCGCUCUCUGGGAAGUACUGCGCUUGCCAUCGGGAGAAGCACCAGCUCUUGGGGUCCAGCAAGUGUAACAACGGUUCCCAGGGUGAACAGGAUCCCCCACCUUGACCACUCUGGCCCGUGGGGUGUUCCCAGUCCCAUCCAUGCCGACUCUAGAAUAUCUCUGAAAGAACGAAUGGGAUGGGAGGAAAAGGACCAAAUAGUGGCUGUGUUUGUGGUAACCUUUGACACAAGAUCAGGUGAGCAAGAGCUAUAUAGUAUGGGAGAGAGUGGUAUUUACCUUACUGGGCACAGUGGGGGACUGACUCAUUCCAUGGAAGUGCGCACACACUGAAAGAUGACGUUGCAAGAAAUGCCUACUGUUCUUUACUUCCCACUAGCUUUGCUUAUCUACGCUAUUCAAAUAUGACCCAAUAUCUAAAGACCCAAAACAGUUGUGGCAAACAUUUGUUGAGCAGUGAAAGCACAGUUUGUCAAAUGAUAAUUUUCUUCUGCCAUCAUAAGGUUCAACAAACUCUCUUUAAAUUGAGACCAUGCACGGAAUAGGGUAAUGCAGUAACCUACUGUUGCAUUCAUUAUAAUUUGAUAAUUCAAACCCCCUUGUACAGCUUGGAAAAUAUUCUGGAUGUCUCAGUGGUUAUAGGGGCAGAGCGUGGGUUCCUUUGUUGUUACACAAAGGUCACUAAGAAGGGAAAGCUUUCUGAGAGUCCUGGGAAACCAGUGUUACUACUUACUCUCCUCAACUUCCCUUUUAUGGUACGCUGAGUUUUAUAGUAAGAUAUAAUGUGGAAGGUAAAAAAUGGGGACAUAGUGGAUGAAUCUCAUUCUCUCACAGUGAAGUGAACAGUAUAGAAAAUCAAGUGUAUGUGUUUGUGUGUGUCAAUGGCAGGUAACAUGGUGGAAUGGUGCUUACCCCAAGACGUGAAUCUUGACGGAGUGGAAUUCAAGUCAAUGGCGAGCGGAUCACACAGAAUCGCCAACGACUUCAUGUAAGACUAUUCCCCCACCUGAAUGAACAGUGUUACUGGCAGAGGACCAUCAGAGCCCUACCAGUAAUAUGUACGAUGUUGUAUACAUUCCCUACAUUCAUCCAUGUCGGUUUCAUUUUUGCAGAUAUUUCCGUAAAGGCUGCUACUUUGGGCUGGCUUGUUUUGCUAACAUGCCUGUUGAGAGUGAAUUGGAGAGAGGGGCGCGGAUGAAAUCUGUGGGUAUUCUGUCUCCCUCUUACACCCUCCUAUACCGCUACAUGCACUUCCUCGAGAACCAGGUUAGGUAAGUACUUCUCUCUCUCUGUCUGUCUGUCUUUCUCUGUCUGUCUCUGUCCGUUGCUCUGGCUGUCAGUCUGUUAGGCUUGGGCGAUACCCCGGUAUACGGUAUAAACGGUAUAUUUCGAAAUACCGACGGUAUCAUUUUAAAUACUGUAAAAAAAAUAAAUAUAUAUAUAUAUAACGGUCGCUAUGCCACUGCUUCUAGCUAUAAGUUAAGUAUAACUAUAACAAAUCUAAGAUGCCAAAUAAAUUAUAUCCAGCUCAGGGCUCCAGCUAUGCAUUUGGUUUGCUAACUUGCUAGCUAAGUGGCUAGAUGUCAAGAUCAAGCUUCUUGGUUACAGCAGAGCUAUUCAAUCCCCUCCUGGAUCAAGAUCCCUGUUGCCUAAAUUGUUUUGUGUGUAAAAAAUAAAUAAAACAUAUUUAUUAUAUACAGUACCAGUCAAAAGGUUGGACACACCUACUCAUUCAAGGGUUUUUCUUUAUUUGUACUAUUUUCUACAUUGUAGAAUAAUAGUGAAGACAUCAAAACUAUGAAAUAACACAUAUGGAAUCAUGUAGUAACCAAAAAAUCAUAUUGAAUAUGAACAGUAAUAAAGUUUUCACAUUUUGAUGUCAACACAGUACAAUUUUCAAUCACUUACACAACAACGGUUCAAUGCAGGUGUGCCAGAUCCCUGUCACAUAGUACAGUAAAAGCUGAGAUGGUUCCAGCAGUACAUAUACUGCCUCCAUUUUCUAUUAGCCCUUUAAUUUACAGACAAAAAUUCCACUAUGUUACCAUGCCAGCUUUAUACAAGUACCAGUCAGGCUUGGACACACCUACUCAAUCAAGGGUUUUUCUUAAUUUGUAAAAAAAAAUUACAUUGUAGAAUAAUAGUGAAGACAUCAAAACUAUUAAAUAACACAUAUGGAAUCAUGUAGUAACCAAAACAGUGUUAAAUCAAAAUUUUAUAUUCAAUAGCCUAUGACAGCUUUAACUCUUGGCGGUCUUCAACAUCUUCAGAUGCCCCAGUUUGAAGAUUCCACUAUGCUUACACUUUGGUGCGCGUGUUAGAGCCCACGCGUGUAACUGUGCCACUAGAUGGAAUCGGUCUCCCAGCACCGCGACCGGGAGCUUGGGGGCGCAACAUUGCCACGUGUCAGGGUAGGGAGAAAUGGCCGUUGGAUGUAGCCAGUGAUAGAGCAUGGGUUGACGCCGGUUGUGGGUUCAUCCCAGGGGCCAGUUCUAUAAAAAAUAAUAAACAGUUAUUCAAUACGAGUCGCUUGAUAAGAGCGUCUGCUAAUGACGUUAAAUUUGUUGGAUUAUUUUCCUUCACUCUGCCGUCCGACUCUUCCCAAACCAUCUCAAUUGUGUUGAGGUCAGGGGAUUGUGGAGGCCAGGUCAUCUGAUGCAGCACUCCAUCACUCUCCUUCUUGGUAAAUAGCCCUUACACAGCCUGGAGGUGUGUUUGGGUCCAUUGUCCUGUUGAAAAACAAAUGAUAGUCCCCACUAAGCCCAAACCAGAUGGGAUGCCGUAUCGCUGCCAGAAUGCUGUGGUAGCCAUGGCUGGUUUAAGUGUGCCUUGAAUUCUAAUAAAAUCACACAGACAUGUCACCAGCAAAGCACCCUCCACACCAUAACACUUGCCUCACUCCAUGCUUUACUGUUGGGAACUACACAUGCGGAGAUCAUCCAUUAACCCACACUGCAUCUCACAAUGACACAGCGGUGGAAACCAAAAAACAAAAAUUUGAUCCGACCAAAGGAACAACAGUUCAACCUGUCUAAUGUCCAUAUGCUUGUGUUUCUUGGCCAGCAAGUCUUUCUUCUAUGGUGUCCUUAGUAGUGGUUUCUUUUAAGCAAUUUGACCAUGAAGGCCUGAUCACACAGUCCCCUCAGAACAGUGAUGUUGAGAGUCUGUGACUUGAACUCUGUGAAGCUUUAUUGGGCUUUUUGAGGUGGUAACUCUACUGAACUAUCAACAGAGUAACUUGAUCUUCCUUCUGUGGCGUCCUAAGAGCACAUCAUAGUGACUUGAUGGAAACUUGAAGAAACUUAAACGUUUGAAAUGUUCGUAUGACUUCAUUCUUAGAGGAUUGGUUCUUUGCAUAUUUGAGUUCUGCAAAGGACUGGUCUUUACCAAUGGGCUAUUUCUGUAUACCCCCUACUGCAACCAAUGAUGGCUCAACACAUAGAAGAAGAAAUUCCUUAUUUUAAGAAGCACACUGUUAAUGCUGCAAUCCAGGGUGACUACUCAUGAAGCUGGUUUUGAGAGAAUGCCAAGAGUGUGCAAAGCUGUCAUCAGGCAAGGGUUGGCUAUUUGAAGAAUCUCAAUAUAAAAUAUGUUUUGAUUUGUUUAACACUUUUUUGGUUACGACAUGAUUCCAUAUGUGUUAUUUCAUAGUUUUGAUGUCUUCACUAUUAUUCUACAAUGUAAAAAUAAAGAGAACUUUUUACUUGUAGUGUAUAUGUGUUUUUGAAAUAGUGCCCUUUCUGUGCACAUUUGGUAAUACCGUAUACCUCCGUAUGGUACAGAAACGGUAUGACGGUAUGAAAAUCUGAUUACCGCCCAACCCUACUGUCUGUCUGUUGCUAGCUCUCACUGUCUGUGUCACUGUCUGUCCAUCCUCUCUCUUUGUCACUCUCUUUCUUUUUCGUCCUGUUUCACAUUCCUCCCCUUAUUUCCUUCCUCUUGUCCUUCGUCUGUAUUUUCAGUCUUCUCAUCUAUUAAACAUAAGCCCUGAGUCAGUGCCACCACCAUUACUAGAAGCCAUUUAUAUCAUAUGAAGUCUUUGUAUGUAAUCAUUGAAAUGGAAGAAACCCAGACAUUUUCCCUCAGUAACUCUUGUCUUUCUGCUUGAAUCUUCAAAUCUCAUUGACUAUGCAUAAAGAAGUGACACAUCCAGCUCAUGGUAGAGAUGUAUGCUUGGGGGGUUAAGCUUGACUUUAUACAGUACAGGUACUUAUGUGUAUCCAUUUGAAGUACUACGCCACUUCCAUCUCCCAGGGAGAGAUUAUCCCAGUUUUAAUCCAAUCAAACCAUGCUGUGAUGAGUCUUUGAUAACAGUCUCUUUCUUACCAGUGUUAUCAUUGAGAUGCCAACUGCAGUCAGCAUAUAAAAUGUAAAUGUAAGCAUAUAGAAAGUGUAUAGUGUUUCUAUUACAUUGUGUCUCUCCAUGCAGACACCAGCUGCAGUGCCCUGGCUCGUACUCUCCUCUGGAGGCCUUCUAUGAGGAUAAGAAAGCUGUGCUGCCCCCAGCAGGGAACGGCCUGGUCAUUGCUUGUCCAACCAGUGCCUGGGUCCCAGCCAUCAACCGCUGCAUGCACCCAGAGAUGAAGGUGAGCACCUACGGCCACCUGCCCCAGUCACUGAUGUUACUGUGUGGUUGUUGUUUGUGUUAGUUGUGGAUAAUUGGAAAUUCAAUGUUUGGUUUAAGUGCGUUUUGUUCAUUUUGAGAUAUGUGAUAACUUGAGAUACUGUAUGUGCAUGUAACUCAGACUUCCGAUGUCAAGGAGAGAUUUUGGGCAAUAGUUUGUUUUUGGUCCAUACUGAGCAAACUUAUCCAGACUGGAAAAGCAUUACCGUAUCAGACAGCCUGACAGUCUGUUCUCUCUCUGCCCUCUCCAGAUCACCCACCCGGCCGGCUGCAUGUCCCAGUUCAUCCACUUCUUUGGGGAGCAGAUCAUGGUACUGUGGAAGUUUGCCCUGCUCCGAAAACGCAUCCUCAUCUUCUCCCCACCACCUGUGGGUGUGGUGUGUUACAGGGGUGAGAGGGAGCAGCUGACACAAACACACAAACACACACACACACACACACACACACACAGUCACCUUUACAAACCCCCACAUAUUUGUUUUUCAGAUUUUAUUACAGUAUUAUGUCACUGAGUGCUCUCUGUCAUUUUUCAUGUUUCUCCGUACUCCCCACAGUGUACUGCUGUUGCUCUCUGGCCAACAUCUCUAUACCUGGGAUAGGUGUGGCUGUGCCCAAGUUCCGCCCCUUCUUCUACAUCAAUGUGGCAGAUAUCGCUGCCCUGGCAACAGAGAUGUCAUACGUGGCCUGUGAGUGUUGACCUGGGGCUUUUGAACCCACAGUUAAUACAGAACAAAAAUAUAAACGCACAUAUAAAGUGUUGGUCCCAUGUUUCAUGAGCUGAAAUAAAAUAUCCCAGACAUUUUCCAUACACACAAAAAGCGUAUUUCUCUCAAAUUGUGUGCACAAAUUUGUUUACAUCCCUGUUAGUGAGCAUUUCUCCUUUGCCAAGAUAAUCCAUCCACCUGACAGAUGUGGCAUAUCAAGAAGCUGAUUAAACAGCAUGAUCAUUACACAGGUGCACCUUGUGCAGGCGACAAUAAAAGGUCAUUCUGAAAUGUGCAAUUUUGUCACACAACACAAUGCGUGGCCCCGUGUAGCUCAGUUGGUAGAGCAUGGCGCUUGCAACGCCAGGGUUGUGGGUUCGAUUCCCAAGGGGGGCCAGGGGGGCCAGUAUGAAAAUGUAUGCACUCACUAACUGUAAGUCGCUCUGGAUAAGAGCGUCUGCUAAAUGACUAAAAUGUAAAAUGUAUUACCACAGAUGUCUCAAGUUUUGAGGGAGUGUGCAAUUGGCAUGCUGACUGCAGGAAUGUCCACCAGAGCUGUAGCCAGAUAAUUUAAUGUUAAUUUCUCUACCAGAAGCUGCCUCCAACGUCGUUUUAGAGAAUUUGUCAGUACGUCCAACCACGUGUAUGGCGUCGUGUGGGCAAGCGGUUUGCUGAUGUGAACACAGUACCCCAUGGUGGGUUUACCGUGAAGAGAUCCUGAGGCCCAUUGUCGUGCCAUUAAUUCGCCCCCAUCACCUUAUGUUUCAGCAUGAUAAUGCACGGCCCCAUGUUGCAAGAAUCUGUACACAAUUCCUGGAAACUGAAAAUGUCCCAGUUCUUCCAUGGCCUGCAUACUCACCAGACAUGUCACCCAUUGAACAUGUUUGGUAUGCUCUGGAUCGACGUGUACGACAGCGUGUUCCAGUUCCUGCCAAUAUCCAGCAACUUUGCACAGCCAUUGAAGAGGAGUGGGACAACAUUCCACAAUCAACAGCCUGAUCAACUCUAUGCUAAGGAGAUGUCGCGCUGCAUGAGGCAAAUGGUGGUCACACCAGAUAGUGACUGGUUUUCUGAUCCACGCCCCUACUUUUUUUUUUUUAAGGUACACUACAUGACCAAAAGUAUGUGGAUACCUGCUCGUCAAACAUCUCAUUGCAAAAUCAUGGGCAUUAAUAUGGAGUUGGUCCCCCCUUUGCUGCUAUAACAGUCUCCACUCUUCUGGGAAUGCUUUCCACUAGAUGUUGGACCAGCUCUUCCACACCGAUCUCGACAAUCCAUUUCUGUAUGGACCUCGUGUUGUGCAUGGGGGCAUUGUCAUGCUGAAACAGGAAAGGUCCUUCUCCAAACUGUUGCCACAAAGUUGGAAGCACAGAAUCGUCUAGAAUGUCAUUGUAUGCUGUAGCAUUAACAUUUCCCUUCACUGGAACUAAGGGGUCUAGCCCAAACCAUGAAAAACAGCCCCAGACCAUUAUUCCUCCUCCACCAAACUUUACAGUUGGCACUAUGCAUUGGGGCAGGUAACAUUCUCCUGGCAUCCGCCAAACCCAGAUUUGUCCGUCGAUUUGCCAGAUGGUGAAGCGUGAUUCAUCACUCCAGAGAAUGCAUUUCCACUGCUUCAGAGUCCAAUGGCGGCGAGCUUUACACCACUCCAGCCGAUGCUUGGCACUGUGCAUGGUGAUCUUAGGCUUGUGUACGGCUGCUCAUGAAGCUCCCAACGGACAGUUUUUGUGCUGAUGUUGCUUCACACCAGUCUCAAUGUCAAAAGUGAAGAGGCGACUCCGGGAUGCUGACCUAGGCAGAGUUGCAAAGAAAAAGCCAUAUCUCAGACUGGCCAAUAAAAAUAAAAUAUUGAAAUGGGAACGAGAACACAGACAUUGGACUUUUUCUUUGCAACUCUGCCUAGGUCAGCAUCCCGGAGUCGCCUCUUCACUGUUGACGUUGAGACUGGUGUUUUGCGGGUACUAUUUAAUGAAGCUGCCAGUUGAGGACCUGUUAGGCGUCUGUUUCUCAAACUAGACACUCUAAUGUAUUUGUCCUCUUGCUCAGUUGUGCACUGGGGCCUCCCACUCCUCUUUCUAUUCUGGUUAGAGCCAGUUUGCGCUGUUCUGUGAAGGGAGUAGUACACAGCGUUGUACGAGAUCUUCAGUUUCUUGGCAAUUUCUCGCAUGGAAUAGCCUUCAUUUCUCAGAACAAGAAUAGACUGACGAGUUUCAGAAGAAAGUUAUUUGUUUCUGGACAUUUUGAGCCUGUAAUUGAACCCACAUUUGCUGAUGCUCCAGAUACUCAACUAGUCUCAAGGAGGCCCGUUUUAUUGCUUCUUUAAUCAGUACAACAGUUUUCAGCUGUUCUAACAUAAUUGCAAAAGGGUAUUCUAAUGAUCAAUUAGCCUUUUAAAAUGAUAAACUUGGAUUAGCAAACACAACGUACCAUUGGAACACAGGACUGAUGGUUGCUGAUAAGGGGCCUCUGUACGCCUAUGUAGAUAUUCCAUAAAAAAUCAGCCGUUUCCAGCUACAAUAGCCAUUUACAACAUUAACAAUGUCUACACUGUAUUUCUGAUCAAUUUGAUGUUAUUUUAAUAGACAAAAGAAAUUGCUUUUCUUUCAAAAACAAGGAAAUGUCUAAGUGACCCCAAACUUUUGAAAGGUAGUGUACAUUUGUGUAUCUGUGACCAACAAAUGCAUAUCUGUAUUCCUAGUCAUGUGAAAUCCAUAGAUUAGGGCCUAAUGAAUUUAUAUGAAAUCUUUGAAAUGAUUGCAUGUUGCGUUUAUAUUUUGGUUCACUAUACAUUAUGCUAUGAUUGAUAAAGGUGUGUGUUUAGGUACCACAGAGAAGAUCUUUGAGGAGAAGAAGGAGCUGUAUGAUGUAUACGUUGACAACCAGAAUGUGAAGACACACAGAGUUAGCCUGCAGCCACUACUCCGGCUGAAUGGGGUGGACCGGGAGAAGUAUAGGAAACUGAGCGAACAGAGGUACACAGAAACUGAUAAAUGGUGGCAGCCAUUUUGAAGAGAUGAUGAUGAUGACAAUGAUGAUGAUUAUGUUAAUGUCUUUUCAGGCAAAUGCUACUUUACACUCAGGAGGUGGAUGGAGACUGCACAUCAAAUGAGGAGGACCUCUUUAUCCUGUGAGUUUGUUUACAUAACAGUAACAAGCUGUAUCUUUUGGUUGGGCUCAGUCUGCAGUGUUUAUCAAACUUUCUUACAGAAUGUCCUCUGUUCUCUCCACUAGGUUUUUCAUGGAGCAGAAUAACCGUAUCUUCCAGACUCUAUCGGAGGUGGCGGCGAGUGCGGACCCCACCCUGACGGCAGAGCACAUGAGGGCCAUGGGGCUGGACCCUCAGGCAGACCGCACAUUCCUGGUGGACCUGCUGGAGCUCUAUGGCAUUGAUGCCAUGCUGGUCAUCGAUAACCCCUGCUGCCCCUGAGCCCUGUGUGGCCUGACCUCCUCUCUCCUGCUCCCCUGAAGACACAGCCUCCUACUCUUCCUCCCCUGGCCUCCUGCCCAGUCAAACGCCUGCAGGUGUCUCUCGAUCUCUCGCCCGGCUCCGGGAUACAGCUGUCUUUGGCCAGUGUUAACUUAGAGACAGCUCACCUGGUCAAUUGGGCCACGAUGAUAGACACUGCCUGGACUCUGCAGUUUCACAUUCAACAGCCACUUGUCUUGUUUGUCUGUUCGCUUGGAUCACUGCUUGGAUCACCAGCCUUAGUCACUGGAAGUGGAAGUUCCGUUGAACCUUUGAUCAAUGUGCCUCGUUGUACUGCUCCCAAUACUAUGGAGCACUGCUGACUUUGACCAACAGCACCAUGGAGCUACAGUAGGUAUCCAGUUUGGGGAUGGAUAAUUGAUUGUUCCUCUCACUUGGAACCUUAACUCCAAAUUCAGCCAUGGCACCAAGCCCUUUUUUCUUACGUCUUUACAGAGGAUUCUACCUAACCAUGUAUAGUGUAAUACUAAAUAUUCACGUGAUUGUCAGGGCUUUUAUUUUAUGGAUUUCAAUCCUUCUGCUGAAUUACUUUACCAUGAUAUUGUUUCCCAAACUUCUGCAUCAG